GUGAUCUACCUUUCUACAUCACCCGUCAAGAUGAGAGCCCGUGGUCAGUUGAACGAAUAUAAAAUAAUCGGGCGAGAAUUACCGACAGAGAAAUGUCCGAUUCCACCCCUGUUUCAGAUGAGAAUAUUUGCAUCUGAACCAUGCAGUGCUAAGUCAAGAUUUUGGUAUUUUGCCAGUCAACUUAGGAAAUUAAAGAAGAGCAGAGGAGAAAUUGUUUGUUGCCACAAGAUUUUUGAAAGAAAACCUGGGACCAUAAAGAAUUAUGGCAUCUGGCUUCGUUAUCAAUCUCGAAGUGGAAUCCACAACAUGUACAAAGAAUACCGUGAUCUCACUGCUGCUGGAGCUGUGACUCAGUGCUACCGUGAUAUGGGAGCUAGGCAUCGUGCCAGGCCUUCAGCUAUCCAAAUCAUUAGAGUGGAAACUGUGCCAGCCAAGAAAUGCAGAAGAGCUUACAUUAAGCAGUUCCAUAAUGCCAAAAUCCGCUUCCCAUUGCCUCAUCGCGUGGAAAGGAACUUACAAAAUCCUAAAUUCACUACUAGGAGACCAUACACCAAUUUCUAAUCUGUUCAGAAAUUGAGCCGAUUGUGUACAAUAAACAAAAUUAUAAGUGGUU